CUCAUACCGAGAGGUCUAAUAAACAUUUAAUAAUGGUACUAUGUAUACAUACUUGAUAAAAUAAAUAUGAAAGCUUACUUAUUAAAAAAUCGUUACAUUCUUCUUUCAAAUCAAGGGUUUGCUUAGAAAUUUCUGGGUCUAUGAUACGUAACUUAUUGACUUCAUCAAAAUGCAAUCCGAGGCUUGCUACAGGGUCUGACAUUUAAUCCCACUUCUAUCUUUUCUACACUUCGCACUUCCAAAAUUUGCUUCCUAAUACACUGUUUAAAAAAAUUAUAUUUAAAAAAAUUAAGUAAAAGUACAUUUAAACUUAUGUACAAGAAACUACCACUAGCCUUGUCUUUGUUGCUUAAAGGAGAGUGUUCAUAAAUGAAUGCCAAUAACAAGUAAAAUAAAUAUAAGUACGCCGGGAUAAUCACAGCUUUCACCAAGUCACAAUUACUGUAAUGUAUUUGAAAAAAUGGACAGCAGCUAUUGAUUUUUUUGGUGCAGGAUGACGUAAAAAAAACCUCUCUGAGAACUGAUUUCAACAUUAGAAUUUAGAAGUCUCAUGACAGUCAUAUAGUAAAUAAAUUAUUCAAAAAUUUUCAUACGCUCUUAGAUUACUAUCUCUAAUGUUGGUUAAUUUCAUAUGUUUCAUUAACUAGCUUAUUAAAUUGAUCAAGUGUGCUGUGAAUUGAUUUUGUAACCACUGUUCUAAUCUCCUGAUUAUGAAGUCUGCUCCUUUCUCAAUGGUGUACACAGUAGUGUAUAGAACAGUGAUGAAGUACAAUCCGCGAUAACAAUGUUCUGAGAUUCGUCCAUCUAUCGAACAUCCUAACCUCUUACAUUUAGUUAUAUAUUCCUUUUAAUCAGUGCUGAAAUUUAUAAAUCUUAAAAAUGACUGAUGGACCCAACUGUUUGUCAUUGUAUGACAUAACUGUAGCAGCUGUCUGCCAGGCUUAUAAAUUUUUUAAAAAUGAUUUUAGAUAUUUGCCAGAACCUAUCCUGUUUGACAUAUACAUAAUGCUCUACCAUCAAGCCAGGCUAUGUGUAUUGAGUAUAGAAUUUAGUGAUUUAGAUAUUUUUUCUCGAAUGCUGAAAAUUCAAAACAGGACCAUGCUUAUCAAAUGUUUUCAAGAGUUGAUGAAACAUGGUACUGGUGUUAACAGAGAAUUGGCUAAUGCGUAUAUUAAAAGGUGCACUGACAAAGAUGUAACACUUGAAGUCAAAGACUCUCUGAUAGACCUUGGCAUUAGACUAGGUAGUUUUCUUUGUGAUGCUGGUUGGUUGACAGAAAGCUGUGAAGUUCUAAACCAUUGCAAAAGUCUUUGUUUAACAUUGCCUGAGGGCGAGAAAGCAUGGAGGAAAACAUUGGAGUGUUGUUACAAGCUUAUUCAUGCAGAAGUUAUAUAUUCUCAGUAUGAUUCUGCAACUGAAACCAAACAGUUGGCUGAAGAACUAGUUGCCAAACUUAAAGAUACCAAAGAAUACAUUUGUUUUGCUGGGAUUUACACCCAGUUUUCUUUAUAUUGUUUCCACAUGAGUCUUUAUGAUCAGGCUUACAAGUACAGUGUAAAGGCAGUUAAAGAGCUUGGCGAUGGUCGUGGCAAUCCAAAAAUUUUAAUUGAAGCAUUGUCUCAGGCUUCUAAAUCGUGUGUAGUGAAGAGGGAGUUUGCAAAAGCUGAGGCACUUUCUACAACAGCAGUAUAUUACGCUAUUGAACUGUAUGGCGACAAGCACCUUAAGCACGCUGAUGCUCUCUUGGAUUACGGAUUUUAUCUUCUCAAUUCCGAUUCCAUGAAAGACAGCGUAAUUGUUUAUGAAAAAGCAUUAAAUUUGAAGGAAGAAAUUUUUGGAAGUUUAAAUCUUCAUGUAGCUGUUUCUCAUGAAGAGCUUGCCUAUGCUCUAUAUGUUCAUGAAUAUAGUUCUGGCCGGUUUUAUCAAGCUAGGAAGCAUUCUGAGAAAGCUAUUGCAAUGAUGAUGCAACUUCUGCCUAAAGAACAUUUGCUUUUAGCUUCAGCUCAGCGUGUGAAAGCCUUGAUCCUGGAAGAAAUUGCUUUGGACCAUAUGUCAGAUUUUUCUGAAGAUCAAAGUAAACUCCUGUUUGAGGCUGAAACCCUUCACAAAGAUGCGCUUAGACUUGCCAGAUUAAGUUUUGGAGAGGAUAACGUACAAACAGCAAAACAUUAUGGAAAUCUUGGGAGGCUAUAUCAAAGUAUGCGGAAGUAUAAGGAGGCAGAAGCAAUGCAUUUAAAAGCUAUAGAAAUCAAGGAAAAAUUGCUUGGAGAUGAUGAUUAUGAAGUUGGUUUAAGUGUUGGUCACCUUGCAAGUCUUUAUAAUUACCAUAUGAAAGAGUAUAAGAAGGCAGAACUUUUAUACUUCAGGUCCAUUCGAAUAAGUCUUAAGUUAUUCUCCGAGACAUAUUCUGGUUUGGAAUAUGACUACCGAGGUCUUAUGCAUGUUUACGAGUCAUUAGGAGACUACGAUAAUUCAACCAAGUACAUGACCAUUAUUGCUAGAUGGAAGCGGUUACGAGAAGAAUCUGAAACGAGAAGGAAUCCACCGCUCUCUCUCACUGGUGCACCAACUCCUAUCGAUGAACUGCAAGACAUGUUCUGUCGAGGAAUUGAAACAGCGGCUGUUUAGAAGAAUAUUGUGAUCACAGCACACUAAUAUUUUUGAAUAUUUAUGCAGGUUAAUCAAAAUGAAGUUGUAAUUGUAAUUAUUAUGUGUCCCAAGUGGAAAAGGAAUUAACCAAGAAAAAUGAAAUAAAUGUAUAUUACGUUAAGGAGAGAUAUAACAGCCGCGCUGCAAUAUUUUCUUAAGUGCUGACUAAUAAUGAAUUAUCUGACAUUUUAUGAAUCGAGUAUUAAUGAUUUAUUCAAAGGUGGUUUGGAUGAAUUAAUUUCUAUUUAAUACGAUAAUAGUUCAAUCCUGCCUCUUUAGAAGAGUUUUAACAAAUGAAUAUAAAUGCUUCGAAGGAGUUUUGUUCUACAGUCUUUAUUUUCAGCCAAAUUAAUUUUUUAGUGCAAUAAAUUUAGUCUCAUUACCAUGAUACGGAAAAAAAAAACUAGUCAAAAAUGAACUUGUGGUCUCGUUUAAAAUCUGAUAGUAGGAAUUUUUUUUAAAAUUCAGUAUUUUAGGCUUUAUGGGGACGAUAUGAUGUAAAAAGAAUGUAAAAAGGGGGAAAUUAAAUAAAAAAGGAUGGGGAGGGGGGAAAUUAAAAAAGCCAUGAAAUAAUUUUUACUUUAAUUACUGGCAUUUAAUACUUAUUUGCUCAGGGGAUUUUUAAUUUUGUACUAAACUUUGGCUGUUUUAUUUAAUUUAAAGUUAUAUUUUUAUUUUUGUAAUUAAAAUUUCAGUGAUAAGUUACAUUUUAAAAAUUAGUUGUGACAAAGUAAUUUAUGUAUAAAUAAUUGUUCAAUAUUAAUAUCUUUAUUCCAUUUUGUUUAUAUGUAAAUACUCGUCAUUUGUUACUUUGUAUCGUUUUUUCUAUGUAAUUAUUAUUUUUUGUAUUUAACAAUUUGUUAAUAUUAUAGAUAUAGAUAUUUUGUUUAUAAAUGUGGUUUUAUGAAAUACGUUUUAUUUAAUGAGACUGCUAUUUGCGAAUAUAGAGAAUUAGAAAUAUGUAAAUUCUACCACAGAGCGAAUCGAUUUGUUAAAUGUUUUUAGGUCUUAUUACAGUAUUUUCAUAAUUUUAUUCUUAUAAAAUAAUUUAUUCUGUGAUUGUAAAGAAAUGAAAAGGGUAACGAAAUGUUCAAAAAUCUAAUUGUUUUAUUAAAUAUGAUAAAUUAUAUUUAUUCAAAACUUUGUGGAUACUUUUUCUCAUUUGUUUAUAGCCUGAGAAUAAAUGAUGUUUUGGAAAUCUUUAAUUUUUUUUUUUUUUUAAUUCGGAUUUUUAUUUAUUAAUAUUUUUUAAAAGUCUUGGUAUAAUUAUUACAAAAAAAAUGAAAUUUUACCCUGAGAUGUGAGCAUAUAAUUUCUCUGAUCGGCAACUAU